AUGCUGCUUCGACCUUUCAAGCGCAUCGUCGUUUUAGCAACCUUCGCCUCUGCGGAAAUUGCCGACAAGGUCUCGGACCUGCCGCAUGACUUGGCCUACGAUUUCAUCGUCGUUGGAGGCGGAACAGCUGGAAAUGUCGUGGCAAAUCGUCUUUCAGAGAAUCCUCACUUCAAUGUGCUGGUUCUUGAGGCGGGAAUCUCAAAUCGUGGGAUUUUCAACGAUAUGGUUCCUUUUGCGCCAUUUGUUGCCGACAUGCUGCAACCUCAAUUUGAGUGGAACUAUACUACGAUACCUCAACCCGGCCUCAAUGGACGAAUACUCAGCUACCUGCAAGCUUGUAUUCUUGGAGGAGGGAGCUCUCAUAAUGAGAUGCUCUAUACUCGCGGAUCGGCGGAUGAUUUUGACCGCUAUGCGCGCCUUUCUGAGGAUCCUGGUUGGUCAUGGAACAAAAUGCUGUCUUAUUUCUUCAAGAACGAGAAAUGGUCCCCGCCCGCAGAUAACCACGAUACUAGAGGACAAUUCAACCCCGCCGUCCACAGCACGCAAGGAAUCAACUCCGUCAGCUUAGGCGGCUUCCAAUUCCCAGAGUAUAACAGCCACAUAUUACAAACCACGAAAGAGUUGCCAGAGAAAUACGGUUUCAAUAUCGAUACCAACUCGGGUCAUCCUCUCGGACUGGGGUGGCUCCAGUCUACAGUGGGAAAUGGGAUGAGGAGUAGCUCUGCGACGUCCUAUCUGGCAGAGAAAUUCACCCAACGUCCAAAUCUCCAUGUUCUUUUGCGUGCGCAAGUCUCUAGAGUCCUCACUACCGGCAGCAAGACAACCCAUACGCCCUCCUUCACCGAGGUAGAGUUCCGACAGGGAACUACCUUAUACCGAGCCAAAGCUCGAAAAGAAAUCAUUCUUUCCGGUGGAGGGGUCGGGACACCAAAGAUUCUUCUGCAUUCGGGCGUCGGGGACCCAAACCUUCUCUCGUCCCUCGGGAUUCCCCUUGUCCACAAUCUUCCGAGCGUCGGCAAGAAUCUGACGGAUCAGCCAUUCCUCUCUAUCGCCUUCGCUGUGACUUUGAACAACACCCUCGAUGCCAUCACGCAAAAUGCAACAUUGUUCAACGAAGCAUUUGCCCAAUGGAACCGGUCACACACUGGCCCAUUCGUUGUACCGGCUCCGACACAUAUCUCAUGGCAUCGACUCGAUGCGAAUUCUUCCAUCUUGAAGACACAUCCAGACCCGUCUGCGGGCCCAAACACACCCCAUAUCGAAAUAUUACUUGCUCCUGGUGGUGGAGGGCCCGGUAGCUCAGGAACUCAGGUCGGGCAUUUCGUCACCACAAGUUUGUCGAUGGUCACUCCUGCCAGUCGUGGAAGUAUUUCCAUCAACAGCAGCGAUCCGUUCUCUGCUCCUCUCAUCGAUACUGGCCUUCUUCAAGACGAAUUCGAUAUUUUCACGGUGCGGGAGGCGAUUAAGCGGGCGCAAUUGUUUUUCACAGCGCCUAAUUGGCGGAACGUGGUCAUCGGGCCCACGCAGAACUUUGACAACAUGACCACUGCUGAGAUGGACACAUUCAUUAGAAAUACGGCCAUUCCGUCCUUGCAUCUCGUGGGGAGCGCGUCUAUGACGGCACGAGAUGCACCUUAUGGCGUCGUCAACCCCGAUCUUCUGGUUAAAGGGGUCACCGGUCUCAGAAUCGUAGACGCGUCGGUUAUUCCACGGAUACCUAGUGCCCACACCCAAGCGGCAAUAUAUGCAUUUGCAGAGCGUGGCGCAGAUCUAAUAAAGCAACACUGGGCGUAG